AUGAGGGUGAUAGAAGUGGUCAUUGACGGCUUCAAGUCGUACGCCGUGCGUACGGUCAUCUCCGGCUGGGAUGAAAGCUUCAACUCGAUUACUGGCCUCAACGGCAGCGGUAAAUCUAAUAUUUUGGACGCGAUCUGCUUUGUCCUUGGUAUUACGAAUAUGACGACAGUGCGAGCGCAAAAUCUCCAGGAUCUCAUUUACAAGCGCGGCCAAGCUGGCGUUACAAAGGCGAGCGUGACAAUCGUUUUCGACAACCGAGACACCAAGAAAUCCCCAAUCGGCUUCGAAGAAUAUGCGUCAAUCAGCGUUACGCGACAAAUUGUCCUAGGCGGCACUUCCAAAUACCUCAUCAAUGGUCACCGCGCUCAGCAGCAAACAGUCCAGAACCUGUUUCAGUCUGUCCAACUCAACAUCAACAAUCCGAACUUCCUGAUCAUGCAGGGACGUAUCACAAAAGUCCUCAAUAUGAAGGCUGUUGAGAUCCUUGCUAUGAUUGAAGAAGCAGCGGGAACUCGAAUGUUUGAGGAUCGUCGGGACAAAGCCUUGAAAACUAUGGCCAAGAAAGAGGUCAAGCUUCAGGAACUCAGAGAACUCCUCAAAGACGAGAUUGAGCCGAAGCUUGAGAAGCUACGCACUGAAAAGCGAGCCUUCCUGGACUAUCAGCAGACGCAAAACGACCUCGAGCGACUAACUCGAGUAGUUGUUGCUUACGAUUAUACCAAAUGUCAAGAAAAACUACGCCAGACUGCCGCUGAUUUAGAAGGCAAGAAGCAGCGACAUGCUGGACUGGAAGAAUCGGCAAAACGACUUCGAAGCGAGCUCUCUCAUUUGGAGGAAGACAUGAAGAAGAUCCAAGCUCAACGAGAAAAGGAGGCAAAAAAGGGCAGCAAAGCUCAAGCACUAGAGGAGAAGGUCAAGAAGCAUGCCAAUGAACUGGUUCGACUGGCCACGAUCAUGGAUCUAAAAAACUCUAGCUUGGCCGAAGAGAAGGAGAAGAAGCUUGCCUUGCAAAAGACUGUCGCCGAACUCGAAGCCGCCCUAGAAGAGAAGACUGCUACUUUCAAUACGGCGAAGGCAAAGUGUGACGCUGAGAAGGACAGCCUCGCCAAGCAAGCCGAAGAGGUGGAGUCGAAAGAAGAGCUGCUGCAGACUCUUCAAACCGGUGUGGCUUCCAAGGAUGGCCAGGAAAACGGUUACCAAGGCCAACUUCAAGACGCGAAAAGUCGCGCCAAUGCGGCUGCCACAGCACAAGAACAGUCCAAGAUCAAGAUUACGCACUUGCAGAGCAGAGUGAAGGAGGAAGAGCCGCGCGCGAAAAAGGCCAAGGAGCAAAAUGCCGGCUUGCUCCGCGACCUCGAAGGGCUGAAGGCACAGGCUCAAAGGCUUGAGAAGGAGCUGGCCAAGCUAGGCUUUGAGCCUGGUCAAGAGGAGGAAAUGUACAAGCAAGAAUCCGCUCUGCAACAAACUAUUCGUGGCUUGCGUCAGGAGUCGGAUAAGCUCAAGAGGAAAGUUGCCAACAUUGACUUCAACUAUGCCGACCCGGUACCCAAUUUCGAUCGGUCAAGGGUCAAGGGUCUAGUCGCUCAGCUUUUCACUCUCGACAAGAACCAUACCAAGGCAGGAACGGCACUGGAGAUUUGUGCUGGUGGUCGCCUAUACAACGUGGUCGUGGAUUCAGAAGUCACUGGCACGCAGCUUUUACAAAGGGGCAAACUCAGGAAGCGCGUUACCAUCAUCCCCCUGAACAAAAUCUCUGCUUUCAAAGCAUCCGCUCAAACGAUCGCGACUGCUCAAAACAUUGCCCCUGGCAAAGUGAAUCUCGCGCUGUCUUUGGUUGGGUAUGACGACGAAGUUUCCUCUGCUAUGGAAUAUGUGUUCGGAAACACUCUUGUUUGCGAGGAUGCGGAGACGGCUAAACGUGUUACGUUUGAUCCGAGUGUCAAGAUGCGCAGUAUCACCCUUGAGGGAGACUCUUACGAUCCAUCGGGAACUCUGUCCGGCGGUAGUGCUCCAAUAUCCAGCGGCGUCCUAGUUACAUUGCAGCAACUCAACAGCCUAACUCGUGAGCUCAAUGAGGCAGAGAUUUCCCUGAAGCAACUCCAGGCCCAGAUGGCUAAAGAAAAGUCUAAACUUGAUCAAGCCCGUCGCAUCAAGCAAGAUCUUGACUUGAAGAGCCACGAAAUUAAGCUAGGCGAAGAGCAAAUCAGCGGAAACUCCUCCUCAUCAAUUAUUCAGGAGGUCGAGAAUAUGAAGACAACCAUUGCUGAGCUUCAGGAAAGCAUAAUUGAAGCAAAAACCCGGCAAGCUGAAGCCAAUGUGGAUGUCAAGCGUAUCGAGAAGGAUAUGAAAGAUUUCGACAACAACAAGGACGGAAAGCUUAUCGAACUUCAAAAGUCGGUUGAUACACUUCGGGCUGAUUUACAAAAGAACACGGGAGCCGUCAAAGCCUUGCAAAAGCGCCUACAGGGAGUACAGCUUGACUUGGAGCAAGUGAACACUGAUCUUACGGCAUCUCGUGAUCAGCUUCAGGAACUUGGUUUCAACAUCAAGACGCAAGAGAAUGACAUGCAAGAUGUUACCAAGCAGCAGGAUGCGCUGAGGAAGACGCAUGAUUCUCUACAAGCUGAUCUGGACGAUGAACGCGCCAAACUGAGCCAAUUCGAUGAUGAGCUGCGUGCGCUUGACGAAGCGACACGCUCGAAGAAUGCUCGUAUCGCUGAAGAAGGCCUGGAAAUGCAGAAGCUGGGUCAUCAGGUUGAGAAGUUCAACAAAGAGCAGCAAACUGCAGUAGAGAACGUCUCUCGUCUGGAAGCGGAUCAUGACUGGAUUCAUGAUGAGCAAGACAAGUUUGGUCGCAGCGGCACGCCAUACGACUUCAAGGGUCAGAAUAUUGCCGAGUGCAAGUCGACGCUGCGCAACUUGACGGAGCGCUCGCAGGGCAUGAAGAAGAAGAUCAACCCGAAGGUCAUGAACAUGAUUGAUAGUGUAGAGAAGAAGGAGGUAUCUCUCAAGAACAUGAUCAAGACGGUCAUUCGCGAUAAAAGGAAGAUUGAGGAGACGAUUUUCAGUCUUGAUGACUACAAGAAGAAGGCUCUGCAGGAAACGUGGGAGAAGGUGAAUGGCGACUUUGGCCAGAUUUUCUCUGAGCUGCUGCCGGGCGGCAGCUUCGCCAAGCUUGAUCCUCCCGAGGGCAAGACGAUUGGUGACGGUCUAGAAGUCAAAGUCUGCCUUGGCAAGGUGUGGAAGCAGAGCCUCACGGAACUCAGCGGUGGUCAACGCUCUCUGGUUGCCUUGUCUCUUAUCAUGGCACUCUUGCAGUUCAAGCCGGCUCCCAUGUACAUCUUGGACGAGGUGGACGCCGCUCUGGAUCUGUCGCAUACGCAGAAUAUCGGACGUCUCAUCAAGACGCGGUUCAAGGGCUCGCAGUUCAUUGUCGUCAGUCUCAAAGAUGGCAUGUUCCAGAACGCCAACCGCAUUUUCCGAACACGCUUCAGCGAAGGCACCAGUAUGGUGCAAGCCUUGACGCCAGCCGACCUUAAGUGA